GCCAAGUGACGUAGAUAAACUUCCUGGAAGAUUUACUUUUUACUUGAUUAUAAGAUUGACAACGUACAUGUACACUGUAACUAGUCAUCCUUGUGAUAGUUCGUCAGUUUGUUUCAAUGGCAAUAUUUUAUUUAGCAUUGAUAAUUAGUUAUGCGUAUGGUUACGUUAAUGUGGCGUUUGAUAAACAAACAUGGCAGGCAUAUCCUUACAUUUCGUCAGAUUGGAGAUUUGAUUCUAGUAACGCUGUAGAUGGGCGGAAGACUGACCUAAGGGCUUGGAUAGGACAGUGUGUUAUAUCAGCUGACAGAUACAGAACUGCCACCUGGUGGGUAAACUUGGAAUCGGUCUUCAGUAUUCAUGAUAUACGGAUUUAUUACCGAACUGAUAAUGUUGUUUGGGAUGAAGAUAAUGGUUAUACAGCACGAUUUCUUGGGUUUCAUGUUUAUUUAUCAAACACAACAAGCCGACUUGAUGGUCACCUUUGUUUCCAAGAUACAAAAUAUACCAAUUCUACCAUACCAGCUAUUGUCAAUAUAACCUGUCCCGUACAUGCACAAUACGUCAUCUACUACAAUGAGAGGCUGAGAGAUGUAACAUACCCGGAUGGUUAUUCUGACUACGCAUAUAAUGAACUCUGUGAGGUUGAAGUCUACGGUUGUAAAGCUGGAUUAUACGGGCCUGACUGUUCCCUCUCCUGUCCUGCCAACUGUUGGUAUUGUCACAUUGAGACAGGUGUGUGUUCUUGGUGUAAACCAGGGUACCAGGGAAAUCAGUGUUUAUCUGAGUGUAACGGUAGGAGAUAUGGACAAGAUUGUGGUAAGACCUGUGGAGCCUGUCUGGGAUGUAAACAAUGUCACCACAUCAAUGGAUCAUGUCCUGAAGGCUGUGAUGCUGGAUAUAAAGGGACAUAUUGUGAUAUUGAGUGUUCAGAGAGAAAGUAUGGAUAUAACUGUCGGGAAAAUUGUAAUGAAAACUGUGGUGUACCCCACAAAUGUAACAGAACAACAGGAGAAUGUGAGGGUGGAUGUCAGGCAGGCUGGGAGGGGAUUCAUUGCACUGAUGAGUGUUCCAACAAUAAAUAUGGUGUAAACUGUAGUGAGUCUUGUGGUGACUGUCGGCAGCCGUCCUCGUGUCAUCACAUCAAUGGAUCUUGUUUGACUGGGUGUGACAGGGGUUACCAAGGGAUAUACUGUUUACAGGAAUGUAGUCCAUAUACCUAUGGGUUUGAUUGCAUGCAAAACUGCAGUGACAGUUGUGUAAAUAGUACGUGUAACUCUUUUUCUGGAGACUGUUCUAUUUAUGGGGAUUUAAGACAAAAUGCUGAUGAAAAUAGUGGACAUAGUCAAGUAGCUAUCAUUGGAGGAAUUACCGGAGCUUUAAUUGCCUUCCUUGUUAUUUUGACCGUGAUACUGGUAUUGAGAAGGCAUCAUGUAUUCAGAGGAAGAGAAGACAAGCAACAAAACGAAAGGACUGUACACGAUCUGAAAAAACCUGACAAUGAGAGAGAUAUCGACACUGGGCUACCAUCCUCCAGAAGCCAAAAAAUCAAAGCUUCCAGGAAAUCAAAAGACAAAAAUUCGGUGAGAAGUAAAAAAGCUGAGAACACAGUUGAUAUUGAUGAAGAUGAGCUUAUCCAUGCAGAAAACCCGUAUGGUGAAAUGUACAUGAAUGACAUCACUACACCGGAUAUUCCACUGAGUCAGUUAGAGCGGAAUAUUGCUGAGAAAAGUAAAGAUGAUGAUGACGCGUUCCAGAAGGAGUAUGCAACUUUACCUUAUGGUGAAAUUCACAAAUGUGACGUUGGAAAAAGGAAUGAAAAUCUAGCUAAAAAUAGAUUUAAGACUACAUUUCCUUAUGAUCAUUCAAGAGUGAUUUUAAAGACUGAAACGGGAUCUGACUAUAUAAAUGCCAACUAUAUAGAAGGCGCUGAAGGAGAUCAUGAUUACAUCGCUUCACAAGGACCAAAGCAGAAUACUGUUGUUGAUUUCUGGAGGAUGAUUUGGCAAGAAAACGUAUCUGUUAUUGUGAUGUUAACCAACCUGAAGGAAAGAAAUAAGAUUAAAUGCACACAAUAUUGGCCAGAUGCCAACAAACACAUAAACUACGGAACUGUGUCUGUGAAAAUGAUCGAGGAAAAAGAGUAUGCAUUCUAUAUUGUACGAAAAAUGACGGUAGUCCAAAAAGAGACAAAAAAAUCACGUGUGGUGACCCAGUUUCAUUAUACUUCAUGGCCAGACCACGGAACCCCGUAUCCCCUUUGUCUUGUUGUCUUCCUUGAUCACGUGACCCGAACGGGGACCAAUCAGAAUAAAGCUCCAACUAUUGUUCAUUGCAGUGCAGGGAUAGGGAGAACAGGGACAUACAUAGCAAUAGACGUUCUGAACAAGAUAGGAAGAAAGACAGGAAAAGUUAACAUAGCAGAAUAUGUCAAGAAGAUGAGGGAAAAUAGGAUGAAUAUGGUCCAAACAUAUGAACAGUACAUUACUAUCUUCAUGGCUUUAAACGAAAUUUACAAAUCCCCUGUGAAUGUUAACACAAUUGAAGAGUUCACAGAAAAGGCUCAAUCUAUCACGAUGGAUAAACCAGCCAAUCAGAACGAACUUCAUAAAGAAUUCAAGCUUUUGAUAAAAGUACGACCAACAUACACUGACUCUGAUUACAAGAUAGCCAAGGAAGGAUGUGGUGGUGCACACAGGAAAGGAAUACUUCCUUUGGAUAAAUUCAGUGUCCAUCUCUCGUCAGUCUUGUCGAAAAGAGGAAGCUUCAUCAACGCAAUAUAUUUAUCAUCAUACAUAAAUAGCAGAGCGUUUAUUGUGACGCAGUAUCCAACGGAAGAGGAAGCUGUUGAUUUCCUGCGUCUGCUCAAUGACCAUGAAUCAGACACAGUUAUCUGUAUGGAUCCUCUGAACGAUAUUGAAUCGAGUACGAUGUGGUUACCUACUUCUUCCUCUCCCAAGGCAGUCUCCCCUUUCACUGUUCACUAUCAGUCAAAUUCCGGAACUGAUGUCACAAGUACUAAAAUUCACGUGGUGCAAACUAAUGGUGAGGAGGAAGCUCAAUCAGUAACCAUUAUUGAACCAAACGUCGCCAUUAAAACAUUUGGAAAACCUCUAGACACAUCCCAGCUUAGAAGCAUGGUAUCUGUCGCUCUGACUUCUGAGAAUGAAAAGCCAAUAACAGUUGUUAGCAAAGAUGGAGCGUCCCUGUGUGGCGUUUUCUGUGCCGUACAUAACGUGAUACAACAGAUUAACAUGGACGACUGUGUGGAUAUCUUCACUGCCGUCAAACAACUUCAAGUUAGGAGGCCUGAAUUCUGUGCUAAUUUUGAUGAGUAUGGCCUGAUCUUUAGAUCUGUAUAUGAUCACAUACAAAGUACCACAGAAAUCAUUUACAGCAAUCAGUAAAGUGGUGGAUCUAUACGCGGCAUCCUUUAUAAAUUUAAAAUUACUACAACAUUUUUUGU